UUCGGGGGAGCACCCGGGUGGGGGCGGGGGGGGCGGGCCGGAAGUGACGUAAUAGGGCGGAAGCUCCUCCCGCCCCGGCGCUUCCGCUCGCUCGGCCGUGGGGCUGCGCAGGGCUUUUCAUGGAAGAGAUGUCGGGAGAAAGUGUGGUGAGCUCAGCAGUGCCGGCGGCUGCAACUCGCACCACCUCCUUCAAAGGGACCAGUCCGAGCUCCAAGUAUGUGAAGCUGAACAUUGGUGGUGCCCUCUACUACACCACCAUGCAGACCCUGACCAAGCAGGACACCAUGCUCAAGGCCAUGUUCAGUGGCCGCAUGGAGGUCCUCACCGACAGCGAAGGCUGGAUUCUGAUCGACCGCUGUGGGAAACAUUUUGGGACGAUACUGAACUACCUGCGUGAUGGGGCUGUGCCGCUCCCUGAGAGUCGCAGAGAGAUAGAAGAGUUGUUGGCUGAAGCAAAGUACUACCUGGUCCAGGGCCUGGUGGACGAGUGCCAGGCAGCCUUGCAGCAGAACAAAGAUGCAUAUGAACCGUUUUGCAAGGUACCAGUGAUCACUUCUUCCAAGGAAGAGCAAAAACUUAUAGCCACUUCUAAUAAGCCAGCAGUGAAGUUGCUAUAUAACAGAAGCAACAACAAAUAUUCCUAUACCAGUAACUCUGACGACAACAUGCUGAAGAACAUUGAACUAUUUGAUAAGCUGUCCUUGAGGUUUAAUGGGAGAGUGCUCUUUAUAAAAGACGUGAUAGGAGAUGAGAUCUGCUGCUGGUCUUUUUAUGGGCAGGGACGGAAGAUUGCCGAAGUCUGUUGCACUUCCAUUGUUUAUGCUACUGAGAAAAAACAGACAAAGGUGGAGUUCCCAGAAGCCCGCAUUUAUGAGGAGACACUGAACAUUCUGCUGUACGAGUCCCAGGAUGGGCGAGGACCCGACAACGCACUCUUAGAAGCCACAGGAGGGGCAGCUGGCCGCUCCCAUCACUUAGAUGAAGAUGAGGAGCGAGAGCGCAUUGAACGGGUGCGACGAAUUCAUAUUAAACGUCCGGAUGACAGGGCACAUCUGCAUCAGUGAGCUGAGCGACAGCUGCAGACUGCACAGUCCUGCCUGGAAGGCGCUGCCCUCGCCUGGUCCUUUAUCUACAGUAGGUGAUCAGGCACCUUAACUUCUAUUCAGCGAAGUCUGUAAAUUAUGUUUUGUAACAAACUAGAUUAUUUGGAGUAUUUAAGUGAAGUAGUUCUAGAACAAGAAUAAAAAAGGUUAUUGGGCAUGUGAUAGGUAUUGUAAGGCCCUAUUGAGCAUCUGGAGAAAUGCCCUGAAUUUUUAGCACUCUCAUUUUUACUAUUGUGUGGCUGGUGAGGAAGAGGGCUGGCUUCCUUCGGCUUUAGUAAUUAUCCUGCACUUUAAAAAAAACAUAGAAAAAGAAAAAAAAAGAAAAAAUAAAAAGGUCAGUCAGUCGCAUACCUUCCCCCGAGGCACUCGCUGACCCUAUCCCCUCUUAGGCCUUACGGCAUGGGAGAAAUGCCAUUAUCUAAACAAACCAGAGCUACUGUAGAAUUCCCUCUCCUCCAAGCCCGUAGGCGAUAGGGUUGGUAGCUCCGGAGUGCCUCAGUGUGACUUCUGGAAGGACAAAUGGCAUGUGCUGGCUGGGUUCCUGCAGUGCUUGGGGGCAGAAGGAGCCUGCGCAAUGCCAGGCUGCGUUGGUGGCUGUGCCCUCGGGGCAGGUGGAAGGGAGCACGAGAACAGCUUGGGCUCGGCUUGCCAGGCAGCUGUGCUCCCGGUGUGCUCCCUGCAGCUCCCGGGACCUGCCCUCCAACAGUUCGGUGAAACUCCUGCAGCACCGAACUGUAGAGACCCACCCCUGCUUUAUUGGUGCAGUUCAAGGGUGGAAGAUGUUAAAAUUCCUCCAGGAGGAGGAUUAGGAGCAAAUUGUACUUGAUUGCUUUUCCUUAAGGUGGUGUUGCUACCAGCUAGUCAGCGCUUACUACUUUUGCUUCACCCCAGAUCUCCGUUGGGGUGUUUAUUUUCCAUCAGAUUCUGGAUCUGUGAGCUGUGCUUUCUUUGCUCUUUGCCACAGGUAAGAUUUCAUCACAGGUUGCAAACACUCCACGCAAGCCUGGUGUAGGUAGGAGGCCAGCGGAUGUAGUUCAAGUUCUGUAACCGAAAGAGGAGCAUGGUCUUGCUUUGAGCGAGGGCAGCGAGAUCGCCGUCGGGCAGAGGAGUAGACAGUGGCACAGAGGGAGUUAUUCCUUGUUUGCCUCUAUCCUGAGCAUAUUUCCAAGUCUCUUCAAGGAUGGCAGCUGUGUGUGAAAGGGCAGAGCUAAAAUGUUGUGUGGAGAAGAGAGAUAUUCUAGUUUUCUAAGAGUACUUUUCUAUUAUUAAUUAAUAUUUUAUCUACCUCCUAGUCUCUUGUUGCCUACUAUGGAGUCAAGUAGCAAUUACAGUGGAAGAUCAUGUAUUAUUCAGUGGGAUUGGAUGCUAAAGGAUAAUGAGAAGAGCCACAAUUGUAAUGGUUAAUAUAACAAAUCUUGGGAGGGAGAGAAAGAACACCUGCAGUAGGAAGCCUUAAACUUCAAUCAGGGUGACACCUUGGCACACACCAGGAUACUUUGGCUCUUUCUAGAGUUUUUUGUAUCUUCAUAUGGAAUAUGUAGGCCUGGCCUUAAUGACCAGACAUCCCAUACAGAGCUGCGACUCCGUGUUCCUGUUACUCAGUGACGUGGUUAGUUGCUUUUGUCAAGCUUCCUGCUGCAAGGAUUCCUUUUCCUGACUCAAAGCUGAUUAUGGCAUAUUAACACUUUAAAUACCAAAGGUGUUGUCAGCAUCACCAGCUACGUUACUCUAGUACUUGUAUUUCUAAUAGCGGUUACAUCCAAAACUACGUAUAGCCUGUCUUUAGCGGCUAAAAUAAAGCAUUAAGCCUUUUGUUUGCUCAGUGGUACAAUUUUGGAGCGUUGUGUAAAGCUAAAAAAACUUUCAAAGUUAGGUUGAGGACUUCCUUUUAGUAACCAAAGAAUUUUCUAGUUAUAGACAGCUGGUGUCUGUGUGGCAGAUGUGGUCAUUGUACCUGUCUACUCUUUCUUCUUCAGAUCCUGAUUGAUAUGUAAGAGCUCAGCAGGAAACAAAGUGUCAGUUAUACUGUAGUUUAAUAGCUCCAGCUAUGUCCUGACGGUUACAGGCUUCUAUUUUAAGCUGUACUGAUGUGUGUGUCACUGAUACAACACGUCUUAGGUUUGUGGGAGUUCAUAGCGCAGACUGUUGUUCUGAGGGAUCCAAUGCCUCUCCCUUCUUACAGGGGGCAGAGGGAGGGCGGUGGAAGACAAGUCCCCUGAAUUGUUCCGUCUCUUCAGCACUCUGUGUUUUGACGCUUACUGGCGUGUUAACAGGCUCUCAGUGGGUGUUUGGGUGCCUGUGACUGACCUACUGUCCUUGACAUGGUUUAGAAGCUGCAGUUUAAAGCCAUUCAAAGUCCCUUGUCUCAGCCGUCCAUCUGUGCUCUGCAGGACGUUAGAGAAUGAAAAGGAAACACCAGCUGAUUACUGUAGAAUACAGUGAGGGUCUAGAGAGCAAACCCUGCUUCCUCCUUUAAUGCUAUAGCGGUGGCUCCCUCCUGUACGAUACGAGGGACAGGCCAUCCUCCUCCUCCUCCUGCUCAGCUGGACUUUUAGCUGUGCUGAUUUCCCCAGAUGGUGCAGAGGAGACUCCGGCAACCCAGCAGUGGUUGUUCAAACAGCAUCCAGUAGCUCAUUGUAGUGUAACAGCAGGUUUGGCUCUAGGAGUUGAAGUGUGUUGACACCAGUGCUAAGCACCUGACAGAUCACACCUAAGUGAUUAACUUCUCUGUAAAUAGUUCCUUAACUGGUUUCAGCAUUUCCUCUUCCAGUUUUUACAAACUUAGUUCUUAAAGGGGGGGGGGGGGGGUGAUUACUUGUAAUCUUUGUACAGUUGUUUGUAGCGGUAUUGUUCAUUUUAGUCAGUCACUCCAGGAGAUUUGAGGCACAGGUUGAGUAAAUUGGAAAUUCUGUAUUGGAUUUAUGGACACAAGCUCUGCCUUAACACACUCCUCAUUUAGCCCUCUAAUUGCUGUGGUUGCGUAAUAGAGCUGUACUGUUGUCAUGUGUUACAACAUCCUUCACCUGCUGGCCAUUUGCCCUUGGUACAGGUUUGACUGUUCUGUCAAGGGAGACUUAGUGCACAAAAGCAGCUCCCAGAGCCAGGUAAUGCCAUUGCACAACUGCUGUCAGCUCUUGAGCCUUUUUACUUUAAAUGGUUUUGCCUCUGUGGCUUUCAGUUGAAGACAGGACAGUGAACAGCUAUCCUGGUCGCAAGCAGCUCUUACAUUACCUAGUACUGUGUGACGUUAACAGUGCGUGCAGAACUGUCCUGUUUGAUUCAUACACACUACUCUCCAGCUCCCCAGAACAGGCGCUAAUACUGACAGCAUGGCAGAGCAGACCUGACUAAAAUCUUACUCCAGGAAGUGUUUUUAUCCUUCAAAGUGAAGCAGAAAACCUUGCCUCAAGACUGCUGCUUGUGACACAGUUAGGGCUCCAGGGUGGGCAGGAGUAAUCACCAGCCACUGGCUUAAAGGGAGGUUAGGAUGUGUUUACACUCCAGUACAUCAGCGUAGCUGUAACACCAUGGAGCAGCUGCACCUGUAUUUACAGAGGCCCAGGCAGGUUCUGGAGCCCACACUGAGCUCCACCUGCUGCAGGACACUGCCGGUUCAAAGCCAUUGUAUAUGUUUCCAAGCUCUGGUCUUCCCUUUAAUGAAAGGGUAGGUGGAACCUUUUAGUCUUAACAGCACUGUUUCAUUUCAUGGACACCAAUAGCAUGUUCAUCUGUUCUGUACAAUCAUUCCCUCCCAUUUUAUACUUAAGCUUUUUUGUGCAUAAGUGGAUAUUAAUGUAUGGUUUGUGUUUGCAAUAUGUACUUUUCAUUUUUUAAUAUAAUGCAAAAUAAAUUAGAAAUUUCAUAUUUA